GUUCUGAUAGUCAAGAACCAAAAAUACCAAUAGAAAUAGGACUAUUUAGAGUGCACAUGACAUUUGGCAAAAAGAUUCCUCUUUGUGUUUUGGGUUUGAAAUUUUCCUAGUCCCACCUAGUAUCUGAUUUAUAUUUUCUAGGUUUAUGUCUAGUAUUUUGAAAACCAAAAUAAAAAACCCUUAAACAUUAAUUGGCAGGUCAAAGGUGAUAGAUAUAAUCCAGCUGCUAAACAUCAGCUUAUAGCAUCAGGUGACUUUGGGCAAGUCUUGGUAUUCUUUCCUAGGCCCAUUUUCCCCGUCUAUAAAAUGAGAUGAAUCCAAUCCAUUCUUCCUGGUUUGAGAAGGGUAGAGUGAAGCAGAACAACAUCUGAUAAGUAGGUGCUCUUAUCCUUUGGCCUAUGAUGCAAUGGGAUUUUAAAGAUGUUGCCUGAGGGGGGUGGGGAACUUUGUCUCCUUUCAUAGAGACCAGCAAGAUGGAAAGGAAAAUAAUUUCUUUAAAUUCUAAAGGGCUUCCUUCUUAUUUCCUUCAGGCAAGGGCCUGAAGGUCAAUUGCUUAGAUUAUCCAUUCUAAAAUCCCAUAUUUGAAUGACAGAUGGAUAACUGACUUUUAUAUACCUUAAACUUUCAAAGCACAUUCUUAUAAGCUUUAGAAGCAGUUGGUACAAGUAUGAUGCCCAUUUUACAGAUGAAAAUGAGACUGGGAGAGCUAUUACAUAGCUAGUAAUUGAUGGCACUGGAAUGCUGGAAAAGAUGGCAUGAUCUCAUAAGACAAGGCUAAUGGAAGAAAUGUUACAUUCAGGGGAGAAUAUAAAUCUAAAAAUAGUUAAGUGAAAAAAAUAUUUAAUUUUAAAAUAUGAAAUUAUAUUUGAUUAUUGGAAGGCUUUAUUACUGGUUAUGAGGUUUAGAACUGGAAGAGACCAUAGGGUCCAUUGAGAUCAACUUCCUCUUUUUACAGAUAAGGAAACUGAGGCAGGCAGAGGUUAAGUGACUUGCCAUGGUCACACAGCUAGUAAGUGUCUGAAGCAGGUGGAAAGGUAUGAUCUACAAUUUUUAUGGGUAUGCAGACUUAUUCUAACCCUUUGGUUGCUCAAUUGCAAAUGCGUACUAUUGGCCAAUGCUAUGAGGGGAACUCAUUGUGGAACAGGUUCAUUUCAGCUCAAAUAUAGUCAUAUUUGACUAAGUGUAAGGGUUGAUAAAAUGCGAUAAAAGGUCUGAGACUUGUGAUCAGGGUCUGAGUCUACAAACAUGAGUAUGUUCACCAAAGAUGCAUCCAUUUCUCCUUCCCCUCCCCCCAAUAUAGCAGUUCAUUCUGUUUAUUUCCUCUCUGGCUUUGGGAACAGAGUUAAAAUGUUUCUAGAAACUUUUUCAGAUCCCAUCAGGUUCUGUUUUUCUUCCCCCCUCCCCACCCCAGGGUCUGAGUCUACAAACAUGAGUAUGUUCACCAAAGAUGCAUCCAUUUCUCCUUCCCCUCCCCCCAAUAUAGCAGUUCAUUCUGUUUAUUUCCUCUCUGGCUUUGGGAACAGAGUUAAAAUGUUUCUAGAAACUUUUUCAGAUCCCAUCAGGUUCUGUUUUUCUUCCCCCCUCCCCACCCCUUACCCCACCAGCCAGGAUCAUCCCUUCAGGUCUCACUGAAGUUCCUUCACAUUCCUUUAGGGAGAGUGAAGAGUGAGCCAGGCUAGUCCUAUGGACUAGGGCUUCCUGCUUCAAAGUAGCUUCCUUGAUGAUGGGAAGAUUACUGUUAGUACAUCUUCCUCACAUAUAGGUAUGGCCCUUUUAUCUGACAGCAGAUAAGGGUGAUUUCCAUCAUGUCCAUCCAUCAGGGUCUCUAUGAAAUGGCACAGGACACCUACUAUCUUGUAAAUCCCAACUGUUUGAUGCUCAGCACCUCAGUAGAAGGCAUUUCAAGAGGUUCCCAACAACUUUAGGAAGUGCAAGAAUAUGCACAGUACCGUGCAUAUUUGUUCCAAUUCAUCCUUUACCCUAAAAGUUAACCAUUAGUAUGAAGCCCAAGCAGUCUUUUUUCAGACAAAUAAGAUUUUGUCACAGUUAGGCCAGCUGAGUUCCCUUUUAGGAUCCAGGUAUCAUUUUUGUGGUUUUGAUUUUUUUUUCCCCUCUGACAGGCCUUGUUGGAAGAGAUUCUAGGAGUAUUCUCAUUCUGAGGCUUCAGCCUUAGGUGUCUACACUUGAACCCUGGGAGGGCCUGCUUCCUGCUCAGGCCUAAACUGUGGGGAAGUUGGGGGUAAAACAGCCAUUUAUGUAUUCAGCCGCCCAGGCAGAGGAGAAUGGGGUCUCCACAGCCUGAAGAAUGAAGACUCGACAGAACAAAGAUUCAAUGUCAAUGAGGAGUGGACGGAAGAAAGAGGCCCCUGGGCCAAGGGAAGAGCUGAGAUUGAGAGGCCGGGCCUCCCCUGGUGGGGUCAGUACCUCCAGCAGUGAUGGCAAAGCUGAGAAAUCCAGGCAGACUGCCAAGAAGGCCCGAGCAGAGGAGUGCUCCACCCCAAAGACCAGCAAGCAGGGUCGUAAUGAGGAGAUCUCAGAGAGUGAAAGCGAAGAGACGAGUGCACCCAAGAAGACCAAAACCGAGCCGGAGCUGCCAAGGCCACAGUCGCCCUCUGAUCUAGACAGCCUGGAUGGGAGAAGUUUGAAUGAUGAUGCCAGCAGUGACCCAAGGGACAUUGACCAGGACAACCGAAGCACAUCCCCUAGCAUCUACAGCCCUGGAAGUGUGGAAAAUGAUUCUGACUCAUCUUCUGGUUUAUCCCAGGGUCCUGCCCACCCUUAUCAUCCACCCCCACUCUUUCCACCCUCUCCCCUACCCCCAGAUAGCAACCCCCGUCCUCCAGAGCCUGGCUUUGAACCUCAUUCCUCAGUGCCGGCCACUGACUACCACUCUACCAUGGAGUCCCCAGGUCCUCGGAUGUUCCAGGCCCCAUCUGGACCCCCACCUCAUUCACAGCUCUAUUCUGGGGGAUCUGGAGGGGGCAUCUUGUCUGGGCCCCCAUUAGGUCCCAAGGGGGGAGGGGCUGCCCCUCCUGUGGGGCCUCCUAGUGGAGCUAAGCAACAUCCCCCACCCACUACCCCCAUUUCACUGUCAGGCCCUGGAUCAGGUGGACCACCCUAA